GCUUCGUACAACUGUCGCAAACCACUUCAAACCACAGAUAACCCAAUACAACCUUCCCACGCACAAUAUGCUUCUCGACGAGAAUCCCGCGCUGGUAAGUUGAAUUCCCGCCAUCGCGCACAUUUUUCUAACAUCGCACAGCUCAUCCAACACACUCUUGGAAACUUCAACAUCGCGCCCGACAAGGCCGCAGUCGCGCGAAUCAAUGAUUCCCUCUCCACCCUCGAACAAGCACGAAACCUCCGAAUGCGAGAGGCAGAAAGCUCAUUAAAAAGUACGCAUCAAACCUGCUACCUGCACAAGCACCACCGCUAUUCGACCGCGACUAAUACCACAUAAACAGAACUCUCCCGAACCCUCACAACCCUAAACAACAAUCACCAUGACACCGUCAACUCCCAUUCCGCCGCCUCCCACGCCUCCGAAAUCGCCUCGCUCGACACCCAAAAAUUCCGCAUCGCAAAAGCCGCCACAGACCUCGAGAUAGAAGCAGAACGUCUCUCGUCUCAACUAGCAGAUCUCCAGUCGCGGCUUUCAGAACUCGAAUUACAGGGUGCCGAAGGCGGCGUCGAGACGGAGAAACGACAGGCUCUGCUGCAGGAUGAAUUGAGUCUGAAAUUGAAGAUUUACAGGAGUCUGGGCUUUGAUUUGGAGAAGGACGGUGGGGAGGAGUAUAAUAAGGUGGUGGUGAGGAAUGGGAAGAAGGGUGAUGUGCAUAUUGUGAAUAUGGAGACCGGCAAGUUUUCGAGGCACUUUUAUGCGGGGUACUUUUGGAAUACUGUUUGAGAUACGGGGUGGGAUGUAUGGAACGAUCUAAGGUAUGAAUAAUGAGUUGUGGGACAGGUUGCUCCAAGGCGGGCAUUGGAGUUUGGG